AAAGGGAAGGGCCAGUGACGUUCCAGAGCCCAGCUGCAGCCUCUGCCACCUCAGUUGCACAAGGUGUUGAAUCUGAAAGGAAAGGAGAGCGUGAGUGAGACAGGCGCGGAGCUGUAGGGAACGCCCCGGGACCCAGAGCAGAACCAGGGUGCCACUGCAAACCUCCGACCUUUUCACUAGCAUGCGAGGAACAGCCGCCGCCGUCGUCGCCGCCGCCGCCGCCGCAGCUACUGCCACUGCCACUGUCUUCUGUGUCCCUGAUCUCUUGUGAUCAGAGCUCCGGGCGUCCGUCUUAUUUUAUAGAUUUUCAUCCUCUCCCCAUACACACCAAACGGAUUCUUUAUGCAAAGCGAAGGUGUAAAAGGGGGGAAAAAAGGAUUUCCCUGGGCUGGCAAGAUGCGCUCCAUCAGGAAGAGGUGGACUAUCUGCACGAUAAGUAUCCUCCUGAUCGUUUAUAAGACAAAAGAAAUAGCAAGAACUGAGGAGCAUCAGGAAACGCAACUCAUAGGAGAUGGUGAGCUGUGUUCCAGUAGACCACUGAUCAAUAAUUCUAGUAAAAUCAUUCGAAAAGGUGGAUCUUCAAUCUUUCAGCACUCUGUAGAAGGUUGGAAAAUCAAUUCUUCUUUGGUCUUGGAGAUAAGGAAAAACAUACUUCGCUUCCUGGAUGCAGAAAGAGACAUCUCUGUGGUCAAAAGCAGUUUUAAACCUGGAGAUGUAUUACAUUAUGUAUUAGACAGGCGCCGUACCCUAAAUGUUUCUCAGGAAUUGCAUAGCCUCCUUCCUGAAGUUUCACCAAUGAAAAACCGUCGAUUUAAGACAUGUGCAGUGGUUGGAAAUUCUGGGAUUCUUCUGGACAGUGGAUGUGGAAAAGAGAUUGACAGUCAUGACUUUGUGAUAAGGUGCAAUCUAGCUCCUGUGGUGGAGUUUGCUGCAGAUGUGGGAACUAAAUCUGAUUUUAUUACCAUGAAUCCAUCAGUUGUACAAAGAGCAUUUGGAGGCUUUCGGAAUGAGAGUGACAGAGAAAAAUUUGUGCAUAGACUAUCUAUGCUGAAUGACAGUGUCCUUUGGAUCCCUGCUUUCAUGGUCAAAGGAGGAGAGAAGCAUGUGGAGUGGGUUAAUGCAUUAAUCCUUAAGAAUAAAUUGAAAGUGCGAACUGCCUAUCCAUCACUGAGACUUAUUCAUGCUGUCAGAGGUUACUGGCUGACAAACAAAGUUCCCAUCAAAAGACCCAGUACUGGCCUCCUCAUGUAUACACUGGCUACACGAUUUUGUGAUGAGAUUCACCUCUAUGGAUUCUGGCCAUUCCCGAAGGAUUUAAAGGGGAAAGAAGUCAAAUAUCAUUACUAUGAUAAUUUGAAAUAUAGAUACUUUUCCAGCGCAAGUCCUCACAGGAUGCCAUUGGAAUUCAGGACUUUAGAUGGGCUACAUAACAGGAGAGCACUAAAAUUAACCACAGAAAAAUGCAUAAAGCAAUAAAGCACAUUUUAAAAAGACAAAUCAAACUGAAUAUGCACUUCAUUCUGAGGAUGUUUGUUUAUGAGUAGGAUCCAAAACAGAAGAUAGAUUUCAGUAUCCACUAAACUUCUUGGAGAGUUAGGGGAGGGAGGGUUUUGAGACAUCCAUUACCAGCUGAUGAAAUGCCUAUGAAGUGCUCUAAAAUUUGUAUGUUUUGACUGCAAGGGUCCUAGUAAGUGCCACUUCUACUCAGAACACAGCUUGAAUGUAUAAUCAGCAGUGUUUACAAGAUCCAACAAUGCAUUCACAUUUAAUUAAAGAAGAAACAAAUGUGUUCAUUAUUGCUGGACUGCCCCAUGAUGUCAAGCACAUUUGAGUAAAAACUAAGGAAGACAACUCUGCCUUUGGGAAAAUCAGAACCAUGCUUGUCAGCAGAAACUGUGAUGGAUACAGUUAAGCAGGGCAACCCAUAAGAUCAAACAACUCAAGUAAAUGCCUUCAGUCAGGAGUUUGUGUCUAAUCAUGUAUUAUAAACUAACAUAUUUGUUUUCAUUGUUCUUUACUUCUGGCACCUAUUUGCUUUGGUAUAUUGUAGAUCUUGAAAGAUCCUAAACAGGAUGAUAUGUAUGGGGCGGGGGACUAAUACUUGUCAAAAUUGUUUUUAAAGUUAUUAUUUUUAGAGAAGAUCUUACAAAUGCUCAAAAUGUUUAAUAAUAAACAAUUGUAAAUGUCUAAAUUAUUUUUGGAUGAUGAAAAGGUACCAGCUAAACUGUCCAAACAGUAAUCUUGAGCCAUUCUAAAUGAGAGAUUUCAAUGUUCUAUGCCAUCUGGGAAGGUAAUAAUUAACAAGGAGGUAUCCUUAUUUUUGGUACCAAAGAAUAUACUGAUUUUUCUAUAUAAGUAACAUUUCUCUUCAUGGAGGUAAUAAUUUGCUUAUUAAGUACUGUGUUGUUCCAUGAUUGAUUUGAAAAUGUUAUCUGAAGAUUUAUAAUUAUACAACUUAAUAUUUUAUAUUUUGUUUCAAUGAUGACCUGAAAAUUCCUUAUAUUUCCUAACACAUUUCUGAACAACAUUUUGCUCUUCUAAAGGAAUAUUGUUAAAUAUCAUGAACCAAAACGUGGGCUCAAGUGGUUUAAGGAUUCCCUUACUUAAAUGGUAACAUUAACAUUGUUUAAUUUCUUCUGUAACACAAAAAAUAAUACUAUAUAGAAUGUGUUGAUAUCCUAGAAGUAAAUUGACAAAGACUUUCUGUAUCAGUAUUUUGCAAUUUAAAGGAGAUAAAUAACCUACAACAUGAAGUCGUCAAAUUCAAUCAUGAUUUCACCUUAGGAAAGAAGAAAUGAGAGAAGACUAUGAAAUGAUAUAAUAAACAAAGCAAAAUGUAUUUUUAAUUUAAAUAACUAAUAGCGUUGGGCAAUGUCUCAGUCAUCUGUUAACUUAAAUCAUCCUGAUAAGUAAUUAUGGAAUUCUAUUGCUUUUUUGGAAAUAAAAUAGGAAAAGUUCUUCAUACCCUGUUCUAUUCUGCUUUGAAACAUAAAAAACAUACUUUCUUUUUGUAUUCUAGUCUCCUAAAGGAAGCAGACUGAGAUGAGAUAAAACAGCAAGAAUUUAUGUGUAUAUAUGUGUACACGUACAUAUGCAUACACACAUAUUAAACAUAUAUAUAAGUGUAUACAGUAUAUACAUAUAUGCUCUAGUAUACUCUAUGCAUAUGCCUGUGUUUAUAUACAUGUAUGUAUAUGAGUGUGAAUGUAUAUGGAUAUACGUAUUGUGUGUAUAUUUCUAUAUACUUGCACAAUACACAUACACACACACACACACACACACGUGUAUAAAUCUCCAAGCCAUUAAGAUGGUCUUUAUACAAAUACAUAACAAAUGUCCAUUGAAUACAAAGAAAAAAUAACUUAUUUUGAAAGGUCUAUCUGGAAAAGGCCAAAGUCAAAUAUUAAAUGUAUGUGUGCAUAUAAAUGUAUAUGUGUAUGUGUGUAUAUGUAUAUGACUCAUUUAAUUUGAUGGACUUGUGAUAGGUCAGUAGGUACUUUCUUCACUUAUAUAAAAGUAAGAAACAUUUAUUAAGUACCCACUGCAUGUAGAGAACUAUGUACAUGGCAUCUCUUUCACAAUAUAUAUUAUUUUGUCCAUAUUUUUCCAAAUAUCUUCCAUAAUGCAUCUGUUCCAGCAUGUUUUUUUCUUUUACUAUUUAGAAAUUAUAAGUUUAUCACACUGACUAAACAGCUGUUGUCCUUUUUAAUACUUGACUGAUCUGCCUUCUUUUUAAAUCAUAUGUGUCCUUGAUGAUAUUUACACAAUAUGUAUGUUGUCACCUUUUUUUUUUUCUCCAACCAGACCUGCCUUUUAAUUGUUUUAGGGAAAUCUGUGAGGAAAUUCUAUCAGUGAAGAUAAUCAUUUUUUUCUUCGACUUAAAGUUUGAAAGGGUUACCUGAGUCACUGAGAUAUUAAGUAUCUUGCUUAAAGCCAUACAGCCAAUAUUUGCCAAAGCUGGGAUUUUAAUUCAGAACAUCACAAUUUAUGACCACUUCUCUAUCCAGGAUGCCAUUCUGCCUCAUUGUCUCUGUUUCUGUGUCUCUCCUCCCUUUUUCUCUGUGUAUGUGUGUGUACAUAUAUCUAUAUAUGAUAUAUAUAUAUGUAUAUGUGUGUAUAUGCAAAUAUGUAUAUAUAAUAUAUACACAAAUGCACCUUUGUUUUAAAUGUCCACAGUCAUAUAGCCAGAAAGGACCUUAGAGAAGAAUACUUUCAUUUUACAUAUGAGGAAACUGAGACCAUAGAGAGUAACUUGCUCAUGACAUAUCAUAGAUGCUAAGAAGCAGAACCACAGGUAGUAAAGCAUCUCAAUUUGGUGAAUAGAUAGCCAGCUAAGAACUGACUUUAAAUCCCAGCUCUGACACAUAAUGGCUAUGGGACACUGCAAUAUAUUUAACCUCUCAAUGUUCCUGUUAACUUUCAGUUUGUGUUUUACAACAGUUCUUGCCCUGCCUUGGUAGAGGGAAUCUUUUCACUGGGAAUUCCUUACACCAAUGAAAUCACAAAAUAAAAACCAUUUUUUUAAAGGAGGAAAAUCAGUACCAUCAGUAUAGGCACACACACACAGAGCUAUAUAUGCUUUCAUUUUGAAGAAAUGGGAAUCAUUAUAACUAUAUGUAUUUUGAUACUUUAUGUGAUAAUAUUAAAAUGCAGGAUAAAUAUUUGGCUUACAUGACUUUUCCUAAAAUGUUGAUAUUUCUCAAAAAGCAUAAAGAAAAUAGUAGCAUCAUUCAAUACUGAAAUGAAGUGUAAAAAGGAUAAGAUUGGUCCACAUCAUUAAAAAUCAUUCAUCAUCUUUGAAACAAUAGAAUUGUAUUUUGAUUAUGUUACUGAUAAAAUUAUUUAAAAUUCAGCACUUAAACAAAUAUAAAGCAGAAAAGUUACGGAUACUAUCUAUUUGGAUUGGAUUAUACAGUGGAAAAUUUCUGAAUCUACUCAGAGUUGAUAUAUUAAGUCCUAAAAGGCUAGGAAGGCUCACAGAAACAUUCAGUAUAUCUCUCAACCAGCAGGAAUGAAGGCAAACGAUGCUACAUUUCUUUUUUUUUAAUUCAACAAAUGAAUUUAAGCCUGUUUUGUAAGGCCACAACAAAAGCAUUUCUACUGUCCACUUAUCUGUGCAUUGCUAUCUCAAAGAUGAAUUAAGUAGUGCCUUUUUAGCUUCUCAUUUCUUUGUGACUUUUUGCUUGUAUUCUCCAAAUAUGUUCCCAGUUCUGAAAAUAUUCCUUCAUACCAGAGUCCAGCAUCAAAAACAAAACAAACAAAAAAAAAAAAAAAAAAAAAAAGGGCUUCAGCAUUGACUGAGACUACUUUUGUCAAUCUCAGGGAGCUUUUAAUACUCUGAAAUGAAUUCAUUUAAAGGCAUUUCAUGCUCAAAGUAGCAACCUGUACCAUCCCAUUUCAUUUUCUACUAUAUACCUUUCCUUGUUCCCUUCUCCUUAACUAUCUGAUAUGGCCUUUUUUAUAAGAAUAGGUCAAAGAAAUGAAUAGAGAAUAACUAUAUGGGCAGAGAGAGAAAAAUGUCUAAAUAUAAAGUCAAGACAGGAGAAUGUAGAGUAAAUCAAAAUAUUAUCAAAUACUUGACAUAUCUCAUGUUGCUUUAGGACAGUCACAUAUUCCUCAGCAUUAAUCCACUUCUAUUUCAAAAUUUAAAACCCUCUGCAUGAUACUGGAAAGUUCUGCACCAGGCAGGUGCUUAAUUUAGUAUUUCUGUCCUUUAAAUAAAAAGACUUUUGGGGGCAUGAACAAUCCACAGUAAAGCUAUAAUGGUUAUUGCUCAAUGAACUCAAUAAUAAUUAUAAGGUUACCAAAAUACAAAUUGAUCAGUCUCAGAUAAUUAUGUUCUGUGAUUUCCUGGUUAACUUUUAGUAUUUCAACCACAGGAAUGGAUGAAACUGGUUAAAUUGUGAACAAAACUAAAAUUUUUAUGAAAAUUAUGUCUGGGAAGGACAGAAGAAGCUGGUUGCUCAAAGUAAUCCUUAUGUUGUAUAUCAUGUGAAUUCUAUAUCAAUUGUUAAUGGGAAUAUCUACAUUUAUGCUUACCAAAAAAAAGUUAAGCAAAAUCCUAGGAAUAGUGUAUAUACCUAUUAGAUAUUAAGAUAUUACACAGAAAGAGAGUGUACAAAGGAAUUAGUUUUCAUUUGAAAAAUUAGUUACAUGUGCACAUGACUUGAUAUUUGGUCCAUAGAAAAAUAUUUUAAGUGUCUAUUAGUAGGUAAUAUUUAUCGUAACUCCAGAUGCUAGAACAGUGCCUUGCACAAAGGAGGCGCUUAAUAUAUAUUUGUAUAAUUUCUUUCUUGAAUUAGAGAAAAGGCAUGGGAGAAAUAUGUAUUAGUUAUCUUUACAGCUUGGGAUAAAAUUUCCUCAUCAACCAUUACACAUUCCCUAGCUACUUAAAGAAUUGAGUAUUAGAAUAAUUAUAUUUGUUUUGGUGAAAAGUACAAAUGAAAUCCAAACAAAUGUAAAUUUCACCAUAUGUGUGAUUUUCACACUUAUAGUACCAAUAGAUGUGAUCCAUCUAUUUUCACAUUUAUAUGUAUACACAUACACAAUACAGGGUGUCUCAAAAUUUUUAGUUCACUGAUAAUUUUGUCAUGCUGUUUAUGUAUGUGUUUAUAACUGAUGUGUUUCACCUACAAAUAUCUAUAUCAUGUCCAUUAUGGAACCUUGUUAUAAUGCUAUAUUUGAGAUACAUACCCCUUUUGAUGAGAUAUACAAAAUUCCUUAGUAUUUCUGUUACCAUUCUUCCUUUAGGCUUUCACUGAUUUGAUGAAUAGUGUUAAAACAGGGUUUCAGUUUGUUUGAAAUAUUUUUAAAAUUUUAAGACUAAAAAUUUGUUUAUGCUGCAAUUUAUAGAUUAAGGAUUCAAUAUUUAGAUUAUUGAUUUCAGUAACACAUUACUAUGGUAUUUAUUUGUGUAGGCAAAAGCACAAGUGUUUUAAAUGGAUAUAACACAGGAAAAGAGUUUACAGAGAAUAACAUUGUUUCACAGUACUAUUGCUACUGAGCCCUCCAGAUUCUAUUUGUAUAGAGUUAAGGUAUAUUCUGCCAAGGAUCAUUCUGUUUGACAUAGUUUUCUUCUUGUUCUGUGUAUAGCAUUUGGUAUUGUUUUAUCAUUUGUACAAUUGUUAAAUAAAAGAAAUCUCUUUUUUUC